AUUUAUGUCAUCAUAGCAUGUAGGUAAUACAAUAUUACACAAGUGUACAUUUCCCAAAAAUUAUUUGCCAACAACUUUAGAAUGACAUCAAUAAAAAUCCUUUUUCCACUUGCUACAUUUUUUGCUGUAGCAUGUUCUUCACCAUUGUCUUAUUUUUAUAUGUAUCCAUUGGUUCCAUAUUACACCAUCAGGGAUCUGGAUAGAGCCUGGAAAAUCUGUCCUGACAAUAGCACCAUUAUUCAGACAAGAUACCAUGAAGUUGUAAAGGAGGCGCAAAAAUGUUACGGUGAUUUACUUCAAAGCAAUCAUUCAAUUUGUCAUAGCUUCGAGGUCAACGUGCAACGAUGUUCCCAACCCCUAGUGGACUACUUCGUAGACUGUCUCCCAGAAAAAUCAAAGGACCUUCCACCAGCUAUCGUGAAGGGGGCUGCAUCUGUGGUCGAAACCUUUUGUACCAGCAGCGGCGAAAUUUUGCUAGAGGCAUUGAAUCGAUGUCUUUAUGAGUAUCUUGAUCAACGAAAUAAAACUAUUAGGGAAGAAUGCAAGCAAGAGACCCUUGAACUAAAGCUGGAUAAGUUUACAGUCGAACGGCCAUCCAAAGCGGAGGUUUGCCAGGUUUUUCGUGAGAUAGGAGACUGCUGGCAGGAAUACGUCAAUCUGGACUGUGAAAGUACUAAGGCGAAAGAAUUCUUUUCAAAGUUCUAUGACGCUGCACUUUCCGCUUGUAAAAAGUAAUGAUGUAUUGCAAUAUGUACCCAUUACCGAAAUAUAUUAUUUGCUUAACUUAAAAAUCUUGCAGAUUAUCGAAAGCAAUUAUUAUCGAAAGCAAAAGUUUAAAUAUUAGAUACCUUUAUAACAAAUUGCGGUGGCUUUAAUAAAAGUUUUUUUGAGAAAUA